UUUCUCUUUGUUCAACUAUUUUGAAUUUUCUCGCACCCAAAACCGCAUAUAUCAAAAACGCAACGUAGGAGGCAAAUCGUCGGCGUCUCUCUGAUGGGCGCUUCCACCGCCACUUCCGCCUUUUGAGAAGUAGUGAAGCGUUGUCUAUGGAAUCUUCCAUUUGUCCCUUUUGUCACCUUUCCCUUCCCUCCGCAGAACUCCAAUGGCACUCCAACAGUCACUUCGAGGAUGAAGAUAAGGAAGCUAAAUACCUGGAAUUGGCUAAUCAAAUUCAAAUUGCUUCUUCUUCAGGCUCUACUAACGUGGAUAGCAUUUCCUCCUUGAUUGGUUUACAAACAAGGGGCAAUUAUUACCAUGUUAAAGAUGGUUUGAUUUCCCUGCUGCGAAACUGUUUAGAACUAGAGGCCCGGCACAACUCAUCAAUAACCAUUUUGUCUGGCUACGUGGAUCACUUCCAUAGUGUUCCAUCCAUAGAUGUCGGUUGGGGUUGUGGCUGGCGUAACAUUCAAAUGCUAUGUUCUCAUUUGCUUGCACACAGGCAGGAAGCUAGAGAAGUCCUGUUUGGUGGGUCAGGUUUUGUUCCUGAUAUCGCUUUCCUUCAACGUUGGCUUGAGAUUGCUUGGGAAAGGGGAUUUGAUCCUCCUGGUGCCCAACAUUUUAACUGCAAAAUCUAUGGUACCAGUCACUGGAUUGGGACUACCGAAUGCGCUUCACUUUUUCGUUCAUUCGGUCUUCGUGCUAGGGUGGUUGACUUUGGUCCUAAGGAAUCUGAACAGCUCUUUCUUUCUGUUCCUGGUUCUACUCUAGGACAACCAGUGACGCAAAGGAAUGCAGUUCAAGUUUCUGGACCUAUGGAUAGAUAUGUUCAUCGCCAGCAGGAUUUGAAUAAGGGAAAACACUCUUGUGAUUCUUUGGGCAAAUUGAGUGAUAAUUCUCAAGGGAAAAGUGAGGGGCCUCAGGUUCUGAUAGACUGGGUGUGGAAUUACUUUUCAGAUAAAGGGUUAACUGUAUCCAGCUCCAGUCAAGUUGUAGUCAGUGAUAGAGCGCCUUUAUACUUCCAACAUGAUGGACAUUCAAGAACAAUCAUUGGGAUCCAGGUUAAAAAUCAGCAGAAUGGGAUGCGUCAGUUCAAUCUCUUGAUUUUGGACCCUGCUGAGAGAACAUUUUCUUUGGAAAGGACACUUAAAAUAAAUGCGGGAUGGCAGAAGCUUAUAAAAAGAGGAGUACACACCAUUAAGAAGCCACAGUACCAGUUAUGCUAUAUUGAUCCUGGAAUUGCUAGCGGGGAGGAGCUCGAAGAACUCAAAACAAUAAAUAGCAUGUUCUUUGAAUUGUAGAAAAAUAUAGUGAAAUUCUGUGUACUCGGGUACUGCGUACCUAUUUCUUGUAAAAUUUUGUGCUGUAUCCUUUUUCAUGACAAAAUGAAUUGAAAACCUUUUUCCAGGA